CUGUCUCCUUUGUUCGCCCUCGUUGCGCAGUAGUGCGAGUGGCUUUUCGUUUCCUUUCUCGGGACCGAUCACCCUCCCGUGUGCUGAGCUGCUCGGAAGCCGCUGCCGGCGAGCUCGUAGGAGCUUGAAACCGUCGUCACCCCUCCGACUGUCACCAGAGGGAAAAAAUGGUUGAAGCAGAUCGCCCAGGAAAGCUCUUCAUCGGUGGCCUCAAUACGGAAACAAAUGAGAAAGCUCUUGAAGCAGUAUUUGGCAAAUACGGACGAAUAGUGGAAGUUCUCUUGAUGAAAGAUCGUGAAACCAACAAAUCUAGAGGAUUUGCUUUUGUCACCUUUGAAAGCCCAGCAGAUGCUAAGGAUGCAGCUAGAGACAUGAAUGGAAAGUCCUUAGAUGGAAAAGCCAUCAAGGUAGAACAAGCCACUAAACCAUCAUUUGAAAGUGGUAGACGUGGACCACCUCCACCUCCAAGAAGCAGAGGCCCUCCAAGAGGCCUUAGAGGCGGAAGAGGAGGAAGUGGAGGAACCAGGGGACCUCCCUCACGUGGAGGACACAUGGACGAUGGUGGCUAUUCCAUGAAUUUUAACAUGAGUUCUUCCAGGGGACCACUUCCAGUAAAAAGAGGACCACCGCCACGAAGUGGGGGUCCUCCUCCUAAAAGAUCUGCCCCUUCAGGACCAGUUCGCAGCAGCAGUGGAAUGGGAGGAAGAGCUCCUGUAUCACGUGGAAGAGAUAGUUAUGGAGGUCCACCUCGAAGGGAACCCCUGCCCUCUCGUAGAGAUGUUUAUUUGUCCCCAAGAGAUGAUGGAUAUUCUACUAAAGACAGCUAUUCAAGCAGAGAUUACCCAAGUUCUCGUGAUACAAGAGAUUAUGCACCACCACCAAGAGAUUAUACUUACCGUGAUUAUGGUCAUUCCAGUUCACGUGAUGACUAUCCAUCAAGAGGCUAUAGUGAUAGAGAUGGCUAUGGUCGUGAUCGUGACUAUUCAGAUCAUCCAAGUGGAGGUUCCUACAGAGAUUCAUAUGAGAGUUAUGGUAACUCACGUAGUGCUCCACCUACACGAGGGCCCCCGCCAUCUUAUGGUGGAAGCAGUCGCUAUGAUGAUUACAGCAGCUCACGUGACGGAUAUGGUGGAAGUCGAGACAGUUACUCAAGCAGCCGAAGUGAUCUCUACUCAAGUGGUCGUGAUCGGGUUGGCAGACAAGAACGAGGGCUUCCCCCUUCUAUGGAAAGGGGGUACCCUCCUCCACGAGAUUGCUACAGCAGUUCAAGCCGCGGAGCACCAAGAGGUGGUGGCCGUGGAGGAAGCCGAUCUGAUAGAGGGGGAGGCAGAAGCAGAUAUUAAAAACAAACAAAACUUUGGACCAAAAUCCCCGUUCAAAGAAACAAACAAAAGUGGAAACUAUUCUAUCAUAACUACCCAAGGACUACUAAAAGGAAAGAUUGUGUUACCUUUUUUAAAUUUCCUGUUAAGUUCCCCUUCCAUAAGUUUCAUGUUCUUGUGAGGAAAAAGAGUAAAACAUGUUUAAUCUUUGAUUUUAUGACAUUGCUUUCAACAAGCAAAUGUUAAGUGUGUUAAGACUUGUGUACUAGUAUUGUAAUUUUCCAAGUAAAAGUGUCCCUAAAGGCCAAUUUCUAUACGAUUUUCCCCAGUAAAUGAUGAGGCAAGCAAUUCUAAGAUCUUUCACAAAAUAUCUAUUCAUCUAAAAUGGAGAGAUGAAUCCUCCUGCCUAUACAAACAAGCUAGUUAUUAGAGGGUGGUCGGGGUAUGCUACUCUUAGGAUUUCAGAGUGUCUUCAAACUGAAAUCUCAAUGUUCUCAGUAUGAAAAACCUGAGAUCAGAUGCUUAUAUUGUAAGGAAAAUGCUAUUCGCCCAGUAAACCCAAAAAAGCAAAUGGAUAGUGCUGGCCAUAUUUUGCUUUUCUGACAUUUCCUUGGGAAUCUACAAGAACCUCCCCUUUCCCCCUCCCCAAUAAGACCAUUUAAGUGUGUGUUAAGCAACUACAGAAUACUAAAUAAAAAGUUUGGCCAAAACCAACCAUGAAGCUGCAAACGAUGCUUGCUCUUACUGUUUCAAAUUUUUGCAACUCUGUAGUGUCUCACUUUUAAGGAACAGCUUGAUUGCAAAGGAGAAAAUAGAUAAGCAAUGAAGUUAUCUCCAACUUCUCAAAGGCUUAUGACUUCUAAAAAGUGAAUCUAUCAGCAUUCCACAUCAGAUUUAAAGCAUCAAAUGCCUGUGAAACAGCAAAGAUGGUUGAGAAUUUUGGUCAUGGUCAUGAUGGUCAUGGAGUGCUGAUUGAUUCACAAUAGAUAAAGCUGGCAGCAAGAGAAAUGCAAUGCUAAGAGUUGUUGAAGCAGAAGAAUGCUGAUUGUCCUUAAGGCACAACAGUUGCAUAAGCAGUACCCAUCAGAAUUGGUUUGGUGCAGACAAGAUUUUUGCCUUCCAGGGUUCCUGUGGAUCUAAGGAAGGCAUCAACGUUGGUUAGCACUUUUAACUAGGGAGUGGCAGUUACUUAAAAUAAUUGACCAGAUGGAGAAAGGGGAGCAAUUAAAGAAAUUGGUAAGUGGAGGUAGUCAGGAAGUUUUCAUGGUUCUUUAUGUAGAUUUUACAGCUUUGACUUUCGUUUCCUUUAGCCAAAGUCAUAGGGACAACUGCAAUUUAGAACUUCCUAAUUACCACUGAUUGUCAGAAAGUCGGAUUAGAAAAAUGAAAGGCAUAAGAGGGGACUUUAUCCAAUAAAGUGUCUGAUUUUCAGCAGGUCAAAUAUUUCUUUGUGUUAGUUUAUCCAGGAGUGAGAUUUAGUCUUAAAACUAAAGGGAAGACUAAUACCUGCAAACUGAAGUAACUGGAAACAUAUAAAAUGCUCAGAAGCACACUUAUUAAAAACUGGAAACAAAAUUGGGCCAUUUGGCUUUUGCUAUUUUUUUUUUAAGUUGUUUUGUAAGCCUACUUUACCCCUCAUCCCACUUCAUGUCUUAGAAACAAAUCAAGAUACAGUACAGCUUUGUCAUUUAUUGCAUUGGAGACUAGAGCCAAUAGUGUAAAAGCUAAUGUUCUCAAAGUAAACAGAUUUGAGUUGUUGGGUUAGAAGAAACCAACUCACCUUCUGAAUUUUUACCUAGUAAAUAUCAGUACUAUCACGUUUAACAUUUGCAAUCAUGGAAAAUAAUCAAGAAAUUUAACCCUCAUUUUGAUGGGCUCUUCUAAUCACAGACCAUCAGGGUAUUGACCAAAUUUUAAAAAAACAUCGCACUUACAUAGCUGUCUUCCUCAGUCAUUCUGUAAUCUAAAUACUUGGGUUUAUGCUUCCGUGGACCUUUUGGCUCUUGAGAUUUUAUUUAGGUUAUCUUGAAGAUAGUGUAGAACAUAGAGAUUAAUCAUAGUAAACAUGAAUACUAAAUUGAAGAACACCUAAUGACCAGACAGCUGUUUGGCAAAUAGUUUGUUGACCCAGCAGACUUAAUUCUGCUCCUGUUGGAAAAAGAAUCUGUCUUGAUUCUUCUGGCUUUAUACUGGUUGUGAAAGAAACAGAAUAACAUGUUUUUCUUGUUUAACUGGUAGUUGAAUAUAGAAUUUAGGUAUAAUGGUUUUUUCUCUUUUUGGAAUGUUUUGUAUUUGAACCUUAAUAAAACUUAACAUGCAUUUUUCUUGUGGCCCUGGGUUCUUUUUUAUAAUAAG